UUGGUGGGGAGUCUGCGCUCAGGUACAGCAGCGCAUCACACUCACGGAGGGAAGAGAGAGAGAGGGAGAGAUAUUUAUAGCCUAGAGCGAGGCUGCAGUACAGAGAUAAGGCUUGGGACCAAGCCGCAGGCAGACAGGGCUUAGUGAAUCGAGGACGCUUCAAAAUGAGACACUUCCUCUCAGCAGUUUUGUUCGGGGCCGCGUUCGUCGCCCUGGCCAACGCAGCCGGUACCGACGGCGAGAUCUCCUUCGAGUAUCACCGUUAUGAGGAGCUGCGGAAAGCGCUGGUGUCGGUGUGGCUGCAGUGUCCGACCAUCACCCGCAUCUACACCAUCGGGGAGAGCUUCGAGGGCCGCGAGCUGCUGGUGCUGGAGAUGACCGACAAUCCCGGGACGCACGAACCUGGUGAGCCUGAGUUUAAAUACAUCGCCAACAUGCACGGCAACGAGGCGGUGGGCAGGGAGCUGAUCAUCUACCUGGCUCAGUACCUGUGCAACCAGUACCAGCAAGGCAACAAUACCAUCAUCGACCUCAUCCACAGCACCCGCAUCCACCUCAUGCCCUCCAUGAACCCGGACGGCUUUGAGAAGGCCGCCUCGCAGCCUGGGGAGAUCAAGGACUGGUUUGUGGGGCGCAGUAACGCACAGGGAGUGGAUCUGAACCGCAACUUCCCCGACCUGGACCGCAUCAUCUACAUCAACGAGCGUGAGGGAGGUGCCAACAACCACCUGCUACAGAACAUGAAGAAGGCUGUGGAUGAAAACACCAAGCUGGCUCCGGAGACUAAGGCUGUGAUCCACUGGAUCAUGGACAUCCCCUUCGUCCUCUCAGCCAACCUGCACGGCGGAGAUGUCGUGGCCAACUAUCCAUACGAUGAGACCCGCACUGGAUCCACCCAUGAGUACAGCGCCAGUCCAGAUGAUGUGAUGUUCAAGUCUCUGGCCAGAGCUUACUCCAUGUACAACCCCGUCAUGUCCGACCCUCACCGACCCCCGUGCCGCAAGAACGAUGACGACUCCAGCUUCAAAGAUGGCAUCACUAACGGCGGGGCGUGGUACAGUGUCCCAGGAGGAAUGCAGGAUUUUAACUACCUCAGCAGCAACUGUUUCGAGAUCACUCUGGAGCUCAGCUGUGACAAGUUCCCCAACGAAGACACGCUUAAGAACUACUGGGAGCAGAACCGCAACUCCCUCGUCAGCUACAUCGAGCAGGUUCACCGUGGAGUCAAGGGCUUUGUCCGUGACCUCCAAGGAAACGCCAUCUCUAACGCCACCAUCUCUGUGGAGGGUAUUGACCAUGACAUCACUACAGCCAAAGACGGAGACUACUGGCGCCUGCUGGCUCCAGGAAACUACAAAGUGGCAGCCUCUGCCCCCGGGUACCUGACUGUCAUCAAGAAGGUGGCCAUUCCCUACAGCCCUGCAACCAGGGUGGACUUUGAGCUGGAGUCUCUGAUGGAGAGGAAGGAGGAGGAGCGGGAGGAGCUGAUGGACUGGUGGAAGAUGAUGUCAGAGACACUGAACUUCUAAAGCGUUUGUCUCGAUGAUCGGACCGUCCGCACAUCGAUGUAAUAUAGUCGACAUUCUGUGUGCCCGUCCACUCUAAAAAGAAUAUACCGUCUCUUUUUGGUUGUGUUCUCUCUCUCCGUCAUUAUUUUUAAUCGAUUAAUUUGUUUAAUAAUGGUUUGCCUCACACUCCUGUAGAUAGUUUGAGUAUCCUGCACACGUGGCGAAAGACCGAGGAGGAACUUGCAGGUAGUUUGCUGGCAGCGAGAUUGGUGUUGAUUUCCGUGGUAUUGUGUUCUUUAUCGUACACGUGAUUGGUAACCAUGGCACCCAUCUAUAUAACCAAUGAAUGACCGAGUAAUUCUGUAUGUAAAAGAGCUGUUCAUGUCAUUCAUUACCACAUAAGAAUCCUUUCUGUUUCUGUUUUAAGUGUCUCUGUUUCUCCGGGCUUUAGUACAAAUACACAAACAACCCCAGUGCACACAAUAGCUCACGCCCUUUCGAUUAACUGUAAACUCACUUCACCUCUUUCCUGUAAUAUAAAGUAAAACAAUGCAACAGUUCUGAGAUCAUCAGGGACAUUAAAAACACUGUAAAAUCACUGUAAACAUUAUAUUGUAAACAGGCUACACAGACAAGCUCAUUUCCCUGUACGUUAUUGAUGUUGAAAUUUUUUUUUUUUAAACUGCAGCACAGCUUUGAUUUUAGCACAAGAUGAAUGGUUAUAAUAUAUACUGUAUUUAUGAAAUAAGUAUAGCAAGAAAUGUGUGGUUUUUGUAACCAAAAAAAAAGAAGAAAAAGAAAAUAAGGCCAUAAAAUAAAUGUAGAAAUAUGUCCUCAGUUUACCCAAAGCCAUUCCUUUGUAUGAGCACUAUACAGGAAAUACUGUAAUACAUAAGGAACCGUGGCGGGAGGUGUUUUUCAAAGAUAAAUAACUGUAACACUAAUCUCCAAAGGACUGUAUGGAUGCAGUUUGCCCAGCUUGAGACAAGGGAAAUGAUUUGUUGAAUGUAUAGCUAUAGAAACUGACUCAAAAUGCAAAGAAUGAACUGAUGAAUAAAAAAUCCCCUCUUUAUGUUGUCAA